AUGGAUCACGGCCACACGGAUAUGGGGAGUAGCAACGCUACGUGCACACAUGCUAUGGCAUGGAACUGGAAUAUUAUUGGCACCUGUUUCCUUGCCGAAUCCUGGCGCAUCGAAAACGAGGGUACUUUUGCGGCCUCGUGUAUCGGGGUUUUCAUCCUCGUCGUAUGUCUCGAGUUCCUCCGCCGAGUAGGCAAGGAAUACGACAGCUUUAUACUGCGGCAGUUCAAACAGCACCUAGCGGCGGAGGCCCGCGCGGCCAAAGCAGAAAGCUCGUGCUGUUCCGACGAGCCGCCGGCCCCCGGGCCGCAGGUCGUCACGUUCCGGGCGACUCCCCUGCAGCAGUUAAUCCGCUCCGUCAUACAUGCGUUUACGUUCGGAGCCGCGUAUAUACUCAUGCUCAUAGCCAUGUCGUUUAACGGCUACGUCAUAAUCAGCAUCAUCAUCGGCGCCGGCGUUGGGAAGUUCUUAUGCGACUGGAUGAUCGCCAAGGUCGUGAUCGGAAAUGAAUCCCAAUUAGAUAAGGGGGCGAGCAGUAAUCUGGAAGAGGCGUCUAUGAACGUCAUCGUCUCUUUGGCUGCCUUUCUUUCCGUGCUAAGCAUGGCUAUGGCCAACCCAAUCACUAAGGCAACCGGUACAGCAACAAAUUCAGCCACGGCGGACGUCACAGGAAGCAUGUCGCUUCCUUAUUUCCCACCUGGCGAAUCAGCCAGUGCAACGACAACAUCUUCGGCACGAGCGGAAGAGACUCUCAGCAUGUCGCUGCCUUACUUCCCUCCUAGCGUAUCCGCGACUGGAAGCGCUACUAUCUACACUCCUGUCCCUACUUCUUCCUAA